CGUCACUGCACUUUGCACGCACAUCAUUCACGCUGACAUCAAACUUUUUGAUAAAAAUUUAUUUGUGUCGAAAUAAACCCACAAUUAAUGUUUGAAAAUGUCCGAAGACUCGUGGGCGGUUGCAGUCGACGUUCAAGAAGCUACAACUCCAUCCAUACAGAUUGACUUCUCAAAGAAGGUGGAUCGACUGCGUGGUCCACGCAACAUAAGAGGAGACAUAAAUGGCAACAUUGUGCCGGAGAGAGCUGAAAAUGGAGGCUGGACAAGAGACGGGGACAAAGUGGACCUGGCUGAACAGUCCCUGUUGAAUAAACUGAUCCGCCGCUCUCUGGUGCGGAACAGAAACCAGGUGGAGGUUCUGCAGCGGGACCCCACCUCUCCUCUGUACUCUGUGAAGACCUUUGAGGAGCUGAGACUGAAACCUGAGCUGCUGAAGGGUGUCUACAACAUGGGUUUCAACAGACCAUCCAGAAUCCAGGAGAAUGCUUUGCCCAUGAUGUUGGCACAGCCACCUCAGAAUCUGAUUGCCCAGUCUCAGUCUGGCACAGGUAAAACCGCUGCUUUUUCUCUGGCCAUGCUCAGCCAUGUAAACCCAGCUAAAAAGUGGACUCAGUGCCUUUGCAUCUCGCCAACAUACGAGCUUGCGCUGCAGAUUGGUCAAGUAAUUGAGCAAAUGGGGAAAUUUUGUCCUGAUGUGAAACUGGCAUAUGGAAUUCGAGGCAGCAAAAUGGAGCGAGGCACCAAGUUGCAGCAGCAGAUUGUCAUAGGAACGCCGGGUACAAUCCUCGACUGGUGCACCAAGUACAAGCUCAUCGACCCAAAGAAGAUUACUAUGUUUGUGCUGGACGAGGCUGAUGUGAUGAUCGCCACACAGGGUCAUCGGGACCAGAGCAUACGUAUCCAUAGACAACUGACAAAGGACUGUCAGAUGCUCCUUUUUUCUGCAACCUUUGAGGACUCUGUGUGGAAGUUUGCAGAGCAUGUGGUUCCCGAUCCCAAUAUCAUCAGGCUGAAGCGUGAAGAGGAGACUCUGGACACCAUCAAGCAGUUCUAUGUGGUCUGUAAGGAGAAGGAAGACAAAUUCACAGCACUGUGUAAUCUAUAUGGCACCCUUACCAUUGCACAGGCCAUGAUCUUCUGCCAUACUCGCAAGAUGGCAGCUUGGCUGACUGCAAACCUGACCAAAGAGGGCCACCAGGUGGCAUUGCUGAGUGGGGAAAUGACCGUGGAGCAGAGAGCUGCGGUCAUCGAACGCUUCAGGAACGGCAAGGAAAAGGUGCUCGUGACCACCAAUGUGUGCUCCAGAGGGAUUGAUGUGGAACAAGUGUCACUUGUGGUCAACUUUGACCUGCCUGUGGACAUGGAUGGGAACGCUGACAAUGAGACAUACCUUCACCGGAUUGGCCGCACAGGACGCUUUGGCAGAAGAGGAUUUGCUGUCAAUAUGGUUGACAGCAAACACAGCAUGGAUAUUAUCAACCAAAUUGAAAUGCAUUUCAACAGGAGAAUCACAAAACUUGACACCAGCAAUCUUGAGGAGAUGGAGAGCCUAAUAAGCUGAAUGCUUUGCUACAUGCACUCCCAAUACUGAGGCAGUUAGACGUGUUACGUCAAAUGUGACUUGAGUUAUUUCAAGGGUUUAUUGAUUGUAAUGUUUACAGAAAAGACAUGCGUGCUAAUGUUGGCUAUGGAAACUUAGUUCAUGGCACUAAUUUGUGCCAAAGUUUUCACUUUGACUUUCAUUUGAUGUGUCUGCAUUGAUUGAUCACUGGAGUCACCUUAAGCCUUUAAACUGUCUCCCAGAGACCUUAAACUAACCAGUAGCUGUUAAAACAGCAUUUAAGAAGGGUGGUGAUAUUACUACAGUUAAUUGUUUGCAGUGUUUGAUUAUCUGAAGUGUGUAUGUGUGUGUGGUUUUUUUUUUUUGUUUGUUUUUUUUGAAGGAUUGGUGGGGCACAAGACUGCCUCCCUUACAGAUGUUUGCACGGCUUGAUAAAAGUUGAGAUCAGAUAUUUGAGUGAAUGCUUCAGCCUUGUGGUGCCUGACAGUUAGUUUCCUCAUAACUUAAUUUGGUGUGGGAUCUGACUGUGAAGCCAGAGCUGUUACUGUGUGGAUAAAAAAUAAAUAUACUGUUGCAUGUGAAA